GGAACACAUACAAGGAUAGAUCAUGAUUGAAUUAGGAGAUAUAGAACUUCAAAGUGAUGAUGAAAACUCCAAGAUCCACAAAGGUAAAAAUGGGAAGUGUAAUCCGUGUUCUGGAAACCCCCAAACCAGAUCCCCAUCUUUGAAAACAAAAACUGAUGCCAAUAUAAAAUUAAAAUCCCGGAAUAACGGAUCAUUUGUGCAUUCAGUUAACUUACCAAAACAGCGGGAUCGCGAGUUUACGCAGCGAAAGGCGCAAAUCCUUGCCAAUCUUGGCGGGAACGCCUGCGAUCUUAGCCCGAAAGGAACAGUCGAUGCCAAAUGCUUGCCGAUUAUGGCAAUCCUAAACACCUAUGCCGACUACAUCACAACGAGCAGCUGCAGCGGUCGGAUCGCCCUUUUCCAUAGUCAUUCCAAUAUUAUGAAUACUAAUACCGAAUUAAACGGAUUAGGGGAAGGAUUUUUGGAAGGGACGGCUUCGAAAGGGCUUUCUCUAAAGCGUGGUAGCGGUAAUGCACUUGGGUGGUUGUUGGUAAAACACGGCGCGCUCUUUCCUGCCGAGAUGCUCGCGGCCGUACGGUAUCUCUGCGGGUUUCCUUCCACCGACGAGGAUCGCGCGUUGGAUGAAGCUCAAAUGUGUUAUUGGCAGUCCUUUAAUACCGAGGAAGACGCUUUUCAAAGCGAAAUGGAGGGCGUGCUAUUGGAAGCUGGAAGGAACACUUCUUGGAUGGACAGCAAUCAAGACUCUAAGGAGGAUGGCGGACUAUUUCCCGAGGUGCCAACGUUCGGAACUAUUUGUUUGAAAAUGGAGCCGUUUGUAAUGCACGUGGAAUGCCGUUCCAUGGAAAGCGCGAAGAGGCUGCUUUCCGCGGCGGUGAGCGAUGCAGGCUAUCGUAAUAGCGGGGUGAUUCCACCGGGGCGGCGAAUUAUGUGUGCGAUGCGCUCUACAAGCGGCUGUGGAAUGGAAGUGCCGGUAGUAUCCGAGGGCGUGAAUUACGUCCGUCAGCAGCGUGCCUACGUCUGGGCUCUUCUGAAGCUGGCUAAUGAAAAGAUGCUACACAACGAAAAUAGGGUGAAGCUUCUGUGCAAAAGUAUUAAAUGUCGCCUUGGUGAAAAGUCUGUUAUGGAUUAAUCGGCGGAUUAGUAUGGCUCCUCCCCUUUUAUUGAAUGAUGUGGGGCAUUGCUCCUCUCGAUAUGUUGUGUUCGUAUUCUUCCAUAAU